CAUAAGCAUUCUAAUUGCGAUUAUACAUUGCUACCGUUCAGCACGUCGAGCCACUACUGGGGCUCUGGCAUUACCAAUUCCACUUUUGCCAGAAGAUCGAACCCCCUUGCACGCGGAGCCGGAACAUCCUGUACCCAUGCUAUCGGUACAGUCUGCCGGCUGCGCGGGAAUGGAGCGGCUCGGCGUUCCGGCCCGCACAUCUUUAAAUACACCUCCUGACGACAGAGGCCAUAUAAGUCGAAGAAUGCGUGUUGAUACAAUCCAAGCUCGUGAUCUACUAGUACGCGAUACAACACUACUUAGUGAUAGACAAAUUAGAAAUAAUAAUCAUUUACAUCAGUAUCAUCGAGUUGGAUGUGGUGGAAGUAGCAGUAGUAGCUAUAGUAUUUGUAAUAGUAGCAAUAUUCGAGGUGGAAUUGAUGCAGCGACGAUAAUGACUGCUAAACAGCAACAACAAGCCGUCGCCGCUAAACUUAAACCAAUUAACAAUGAAAAGCAACAACAACAAAUUCGAUGUCCACAUCAUAUUCCAUUACCAGAUAGUGAAUGGGGUCAAGAUCGUGACUUGCAGAUACGAGCACAGUAUCAGCAAUCCGAGAUAACCCGUUCGUAUAUCAAGCCACCUCCUAACAAAACAGUCUUAGACGUUCCAGAGCAAUCCUAUAAUUUUUACUCAUCAACAACGCUGUCAUCGAUGGCGGCAGCAUCGUCAGCAGCAGCCAAUUCGGGUGUUUCGUGCAAUUUAAAAUCUAGCCUAACUAAUCAACAUUCUAAUAUCCACCACAACUACCACCUGCAGCAGCAACAACAUCCACUGCCCUGCUCAAGUGGUAACCAACAAUCUGCAAUAUUAACACAACAACAUCAAAAAUCAAAACCCAGUGUAAUAACAAAGCUGUUCUCGCGCAAAAGCAGUCCCAAAUCGCCAACAGCACUCUGUUCGUCAUCAUCAAUAUCGUCGAACUCAUCACUUUCAUCGAGUGCAUCGUCAUCGUCCUCAUCUUCAUCAUCGUCGUCCUCCUCUUCGUCAUCAUCACCAUCGUCGUCGUCUGUCUCAACAUCGUCGUCAUCAUCAUCACUGUGCUCGGCACAAGCACUUCCAAUAUCAAUAGCUGCCACAUUGACAGCAACAACAUGUAGCUUGGGAGCGGCAGCACCUUUCCAAAAUAAUCUUAUGCCCACCAGUAGUAGCAACAUUACCUCGAGUUCAUCAUUUAUGACGACAAUCGGUGCCACGGCCUCAGCACGAGUUUCGCCAUCACCUCCGUUGGCGGUAUCAGUUCCCGUCGCCGCAUCAUCUUCUACCAAUAUGUUGCAACAACAAAAAUUCCAUUUACAACAACAACAACACCAGCAACAUCAGUUGCUUGUUGAUAGUACAAAUUCCAGUAACUUAUCAUCGACCUCUCUGCACUUAUUAAAGAACAGUAGUAGUUGCAAUUUAUCAUCAACAUCGUCCACAUCAGCUUUAGCUUCAGCUUCAGUAGUUACAGAUGUUGCUUCAACAUCCAUUGAUUGUUGCUAUGCUCAAGCAACAAGUAUCCAACGAUCACAUUCUUCUUCUUCUUCUGUGGCAAUAUCAUCUCAGCUGCAACACCAACAACAACAACAUCAACAAUCAAUCGAUAACUGUGUUAAUAGCAAUAGUAGCAGCAGCAGUAGUAUAAGUAGUAAUAAUAGUAUGUCAAGUUCGAGAAACUAUCAGCAUCAUAUUUGACAACAUAAAAAUGUAGUUAAAAUUAGCUGAAAUACUAAAUCUAGUAAUUAUUGUAGUUUUUCCAAUAACCACCACCACCAUAAUAUAAAUAAUAUUAAUAAUAAUAAAAAUUCUGCUGCUGUAUGCACUUUUUAAGUUUAAACAAAAAUUGUACCAGUAGCAGGAUGUCAAAUGUAUAUUUUUCAUUUCUUUAAACAAACAAAAAAAAAAUUAUUCACACUGUCUAGACUUAAUGUGUAUGCUUAUGAUGUAAUAUUUUAUUUUCAAAAAAUAACUAAAAAAAUAAAAAAUUUGAUGUAAAUUUAAAAUAUAUACAAAUAUGAAUUUGUAUUAGGCAAUUCAAUGAACUAAAUCAAAAUCCAUUUUAUUGUGUUCCAUUAGAAAUUUUAAUUAUUAUAAUUAUAUAAUUGGGUGCUGAAUAGAAGCUGAAUUGAUAGUUGAAUAUUAAAUAUAGUCGACGAAACAUUUUUAAAAAAAUACUCACAUAGUUACAUAUGUGCUGAAUAAGUUUAAAUGCAGCUGAAUAGGUGGAUUAUAAAAAUCAAUUGUCUAAAAAUGAGAGAAAAAUAAGAAUAAGAACCUGCUCAGUGGGACUUUUUUUUAAAAUAAAAACAUUAUGUUCUUAGAAACGAUGUUAACGCUUAGACGAUGAUAUCAGUAUAACAUGAAAAUCAACUCGAAACUGAUUUUCUCUGAUUCACUUUUACUGAUUUAAAAUUUGAAUUGGCUUCAAAACAUUCCAAAUCUCACUGUUAAUUCUCGCAACAGUUAAGAUGUAUACCUAUACUUUACCUUCUUAUCAAAACUUAUUUGUAAGAUCCUUAAAAAUAAAAUAAGUAUGUAGAUCAAUACAAAAUUUUAAAUGGUUUAUGUUAAAAUAUUCCCAUAAAGGUUUUGAAAAUUUCGUUAAUAUUUAUUUAAAAAACAAAGAUCUAAUACCAAUGGCAAUUCAGCUUCAAGUUAUUUAAAUUUUAUUAUUAUUAUUAUGUAAUGUAUCUCAAUUUCACAUUAAUUAUCUAAAUUUUAAAAGAAUUAAAUCUAUUUUUUCUAAAUAAAAUAAUAAUUUAUAUAGCUAAAAUCAAAAAAAAAAAAAACAAAAGGUUUCAUCCAUCACAAAGUUAAUUUUUUAAUUUUGUUUACUUUGUUUAAAAUUUAGAAGAAAACAAAAUAUAAUCAAAAUUAUUUAACCUAAUUACAUAGAAAAAGCAACAAAAUAAAACAUUUGUUUAUAUCUACUAAAAACAUACAAAACAAAACAAAUUCUGCAAAAAUUAAUUAACAAUAAAACACAUUCAUACAUAAUUCCAACUAUUCCAACCUAACACACAAAAAAAAUACAAAAUUCAAUACCAAAAUAAUAAAAUUAUAAAUAACAACUUCCUCUUCAACAUUUUUUAACAAAAAAAAACAAACAAAAACUUAGAACAUUAAAAUAUUUAAAAAUAUGUGGUGUGGAUAUGCAAUUUCAGUAAACAUAAAUAAAUUAUUUAAAGAAAAAAGUUAAAAGUAAAAAAGAAAAAUGUAAAUAUGCUAACUUUUGGAUUUUAAACCUUAAAUAAGAUUUAUGGUGUUUAACUCAUAUGUAUAGACAGAUAGAUAGAGAGAAAGAGCUUUUAGCUUAUUUGCAAGCUACCCACCCCAACUGACAGCUCUAGCGCAAGUUACUGCCACUUAAUGAGGAAAAACCCUUAUUCUUGAAGAAAAAGCUAAGAAAUACAUUCACACAUUACAUAUAUUAAAAACCUUAUUAAUAAAAACAAAACAAAAUAGUAGACAAUUUAAAAUCAAAAAAAAAAACAUACUUAACAAUAAAUAAAUAAAUUAUAUUUUUUUAAUUUCUAUCUUUAAAACCUUUUAAUUGAUUUUUAUAGCUAUUUUUUUGUUUUUUUUUUGUUGUAAAUUAAAAAAAGAUACUAAACUAAAAUAGAAAAACAAAAAACAAAACAUAAACUAGAUAAACUAUAACACGGAGGUGCAUCAGAUACUAUAUAUAUUAUAUUAUAUUUUUUUAUUUAACCUCUUUUUGUUAUAAACAUUAAAUCACUUGUAUAUUAAAUCAGUAAAUAAAACCAUUUUUUUUACAGAAAACACAUCAAAAGAAAAAAAAUUAGCCGAACUACCUCCUAAUUAUAUUAAAAAUAAAAACUGCAUACAAUUUAAUCUCUUCAAAAUUUUAUAUAAUAUAUUAUUAUUUAUUUAAUUUCUCGGAUAUUUAUAAUUUUAUAUUAUUUUUAUUUUUCUUAGUAAAAUAUAAAAAUCUAAUAAUAAAAAAAAUAUUACAUCAAACAAAAAUCUAAGCCGUCGACUGAUAUUUUAAUGAAAUGUUAAUAAUUCCGAAACAACGUGUAAGCAAGACAAAGAAUGGGAACUGAAAAAAAUAAAAUAAAACAAAUAUAAAUAAAAAAAAAACAACACUAUAUUUAUCAAAUAUAACAUUACAAAAAUAUAUAUAUAUAAAUUAUGUAAUAUUAAAAUUAACAACAAAAGAAACAGAAAGAAAAACAUACGACAAAAUAUUUAAACAAAAAAAAAAGCUAUGUGAAAAGUAUUACCAUUUAAGAAUAGUUGUGUAUGAGGAAAAAAAUUAUUAAAAUAAAAUAUAUAUAUAUAUAUAUACAUUUAUAUAUAUGUUUAAUUAAAUUUAGUUGCUUAUUAGUUUAUAAAUUAUUGAAAUAAAAUUUUGUAAAUUAGCAUUGAAAAUCAUUAUUUAAAUUAAAAGAAAAAAUUAUUUUAAAAAUUUUUCUCAAGACAAUUUUCUUUCUUUGUGGAAAUAAGGAAAAACAAUAUUAAAAAAAUUAUUUAUUUGUAUAAUAAUAACAAAAAAAAGGAAAUUGAGGAGAAUAUAAAGUAAAUAAAUGGGGGACUACAGUAUAUAAAUAUAUAUAUAAAAAACAACAUAAAUAAAUCUAUAUAUAUAUUAUAUAUAAAUAUAUAUAAAAUAUAUUAUAAAUACAAACUACAUUAAGCAAAUGCAAAAAUAAAAAAUAUUGAUGUAUAAACAAAUUAGUGAAAUUUUUUUAAAACAAGAUAUUGUUGUUGUAAUAAAAAUUUAAACAAAAAAAAUAUUAUUAAAAAAUAUUAAAACAAACAAAAAAAAAAACAAUGAAAAACAAAAUGAAUAAAAAAUCAUU